AUGUCCUUUGGCGGUAACGACAGAAGCAACUACGGUGACGACGACAACCAACAGUCUACCUUUGGUAAGAUCGGUGACAAGAUCAAGGGUGCCUUGGGCAGCGAUGAUGACAACCGCGGCUCGUCCGGCUCCUAUGGCUCUUCUGGCUCCGACAAGUACGGAUCCUCUGGUUCUGGCUCUGGCUCCUACGGCAGCGGUAGGGACAAUGACGACUCGUACGGUUCCUCCAACAGAGGUGGUUCUGGCGGAUACAGCUCGUCUAAAAAGGAUGACGACGACUCGUAUGGUUCCAGCGGAUCUGGUGGUUACGGCUCCUCUGGCCGUGGUGGUGACUCGUACGGCUCCUCUGGCAGGUCCGGCAACGAUUCUUACGGUUCCUCUGGCAGGUCCGGCAACGACUCGUACGGAUCUGGUGGAAAUGACUCUUACGGUUCUUCUGGCAGAGGAGGCGACUCGUACGGGUCUUCCAGGAAGGACGACGAUGACGACAAGUACGGCUCUUCUGGCAGAGGCGGUGGUUCUUACGGCUCUUCAGGUAGAGGCGGUGACUCGUAUGGCUCUUCUGGCAGAGGUGGCGACUCUUAUGGCUCUUCUGGCAGAGGUGACAGCUCCUACGGAUCCUCAGACUACUAG